UUGUGUUGUUAGCUGCACUGCACAUGAAGAGCUAUGGCGGGCAGCAGAGCCACCACCUACUGAGCCCGGUGGGUAGCCCGCCGUCGGACAACGAGUCGGGCGCAGCCGCGGCGGCGGCGGCGGCGGCCGGCGGGUGCGGGAGCAGCGCCAGGUAUGGAGGUGGCGGCGGCGGCGACUCGCCGGCGAAGGAGCAGGACAGGUUCUUGCCAAUCGCGAACGUGAGCCGCAUCAUGAAGCGGUCGCUGCCGGCGAACGCCAAGAUCUCCAAGGAGGCGAAGGAGACGGUGCAGGAGUGCGUGUCGGAGUUCAUCAGCUUCGUCACCGGCGAGGCCUCCGACAAGUGCCAGCGGGAGAAGCGGAAGACCAUCAACGGCGACGACCUGCUGUGGGCGAUGACGACGCUCGGCUUCGAGGUCUACGUCGGCCCGCUCAAGUCCUACCUCAACCGCUACCGCGAGGCCGAGGGCGAGAAGGCCGCCGUGCUCGGCGCGCGCCACGGCGAGGGCGCCGGCGCCGACGGCGCCGUCGUCGACGCGCAUUCCCAGCUCGCCUCCCUCGCGCCGCCGCAGGACGGCGGCGGCGACGUCGGGCUCAUGAUGGGCGCCGCCGCGUACGGCGCCGCGGCCGGGACGACGACGGCGGCGUUCUACGCUCCGCUAACGGCAGCGGCGGCAGGGAGCAAGGCGUACUGCGGCGACGGGUCGAGGGUGAUGGAGUACGAGGGCAUCGGCGGCGAGGAGGAGAGCGGCGGCGGCGCGGAGAGGGGGUUCGCCGGCCACCUCCAUGGCGUGGAAUGGUGAAGCGGAUCGAUCGACUUCGCUAGCUAGCUAGCUAGGCAUGCAUAGGCGAUCAUAUUACGACGCAAUUAAACUACUAUUAUCACUUAAUUACCCUGUUAAUCAAUUGUUGCUGCUAAUGCCAUUUU